UCAUGAUAUAUCAAGAUGGAACACAUCAUAAAUCUAGGUGUAUAUUUGUUUAUGGCAAUAGCUUUGUAAGAUAUACUGUAUAUGCAGAGAUAACAUUAAAUUUUGUUUAUUAAAAGGUAUUUAAUUAAAACUCAAACCCUUAAAUAUCUGGAUUUAAAGAUAAAAGAACUUAAGCAACUUUCAAAAUAAACGGCUUAUUUAUUGGUAUUUAAUAGAAAUUGUUAUAUAUACGCAUAUCUGGCGCGAGUAAGCGCGUGAAUUACUCAAUAUGGCGGAGGACACUGGUAAACGUGUUUUCGAUGUCCGUAUUAAAUUUAAAUUUCAUUUAAUCAAGUUCAAGAAGAGGUAAAUACAGUUCACACAGUUUAUCAGGCUCAGGCCCAUUAGAGAUCCUGCCAAAUCCAUAACAGGAUGGCCUAGUAUUCCGUCUCUCCAGGAAUUUUUCGACCAGUGCUGAUUCGGUCUCGAGUAUGAUGUACAGUACAGUACUGUACAAGGACAAGACACUAUAAUUUGAGACAAAAAUGUUAAACCUUUUUACGUUGGAAGAUGUUGGUGUUUUCUCUUCGGCAGCCAAGAUAUUUAUCCAUGGAGAAAAAACGAUAAAAAAAAUGCAUUUAAAAAAUAUGGCAAAGUUAUCUAUAAGGAAAGGAUAUAUUCGGAAAGAUUAUUUCACUGUAAAUGAAGAAAUAAAUGCUUACGGGUAUUCGCUCAAUAACGAAUUUACCGGAAGAUUUCAGUAUGAAAAUGAGACGUAUUAUAUCGAACCAGAAUAUUUUCAUACAAAGAAAAAAUCGUUUAGACAAGAAGAUAACAUUGUUUAUAGAUUGAAGGACGUGAUUUUUAAAUUCACAUAUCAAGAUGAUAAGAUUAGCUGCGACGAUGUAAUUGAAGAGGAGCCAUUUCAACCAUUGGUUUAUGAUCUUUCGUUUAUUCAUAUAUCCCAUAAUUUCAUGAAACAUCGGAAUAAUCGAAGAAGUUGUUCUCUCGAACUAUUCGCCGAUCAUACAUAUUUCGAGUAUAUGAACAAGGAUCACCAACAGAUCGUAUCAGAAAUGAUCUUUUAUGCCAUGAAUGCAGACUUUAUUUUCCGAAAUACAGAUAUAGACGAAGACGGGCAACCGGACGGAAUUGGAUUUAACAUAGAGAAAAUUACAAUUUUCGAAAAUGAACGUCAUCUGUUUUAUCCUUUACGUAAAUUUAAAACAAAAGAUGCUAAAAGGUUUCUGGAAAACUUAGCUCAAUAUUCUCAUCCAUAUUGUAUGAUGAUUUGUUUUACUAAUCGAGAUUUCUCGACUCCAUCUACUUGUACUAUUGGAAGAAUGAAUAAAAUCGGUGGAAUUUGUUUUAAUGACUCGCAGGAUUCCGUUUCAAGAAGUAACGUUGCGUUUGUGACAAUCAGACAAAACAGUAAAUUGAUACCAAGAGUCAAAGUAGCUGCAAAUUUAGUACAUAUAUUAGGGCACGCUUUUGGAUGUCAACACGACUCGGAAAACAAUAAUUUCUGUAGUUCCGCGAACGAUACAGAAAAUGGAAAUUUCAUCAUGCAUCCAGAAAUACCUUUCGGAACAUUAUCAAACAACUGGAAAUUUUCAUCUUGUUGUAGAAAAACCAUGAAAGAAGUUAUUGAAAAGAAAGACGAUUGCUUGAAGAUAAUGCAAAAGUCUGUUUGUGGAAAUGGUAUUGUGGAAGAAGGGGAGUCUUGUGAUUGUAAUUUUGACACUGGAGAAUGUGAAGAAGUUAAAAAUUGCUGCAACAUUAAAGGAUCUCCAUUACAAUGUACUCUUCAAAAAGAUAAAGAAUGUACUCCCGGGGUAGAAGAAUGCUGUGAUAAAUCUUGUCGUAUUUCAAACGAAGUAAAUAGAACUUGCGUCAGUGGAGAGUCUUGCUUUAAAGCGUUUGGUACAUGUGACGAAGAUUCACCAUUCUGUCCCGGAUUACCCGAAAGUGAUGGAACACCCUGCUUUGGCACAUCUAGAACUUGUCUAAAGGGUAAAUGCAUAAGUAAUAUUUGUGAAGAUCAUAAUCUAAAAGUUUGCGAAUGUUCAUCUCCCGAUUGGGAAUGCCACAUCUGUUGUCAAAGCAGUCCCAAAAUCUGUCAAAGUGCUAAAACACUUAACUUUUUUACUUCAAAAUACGAAUUAUAUUUGAAAAAGGCGGGAUCACCUUGUGAUAAUAAUUACGGAACAUGUUCGAGUGAUGGAAUUUGUAAAUCAAGAAGAGGUUUCAGUGUUUGGUAUUAUGUGUCGUUAUUACCUUUCGUCAUAUUGUUUUGUAUCGUCAUCAUAUUAAUCCCAAGAAGACAGAAGAUGCGUACUAGUAUAGAAAAUCUGACAACUAGGAUACAGAAAAUAACCAAGAAGAAAGCCAAUAAACCGAAGAAGAAGAAAGUUUUUAAUUUAAAUAUAAAGAAAAAGAAAUCACCUAAAUUAUAAUAAUUUAUUGAUUUAUUGCGAUUGGACGACAAUUUCUGAUCUUAAUCAUAAUUUAUUUAAAAUAACUGGUUUUAUAACUUAUUG